GGAACAAAACAUCGGCGGCGGCGGCGGCGGAGCUGAGCCGAUCACCAGCGAGUGGCUCGUCGACUGUCGACGGCAGCUCCGGGAGCGGAGGGCCGACCGGUGCAGCGGCGAUGCCACGGCUCUGACACGCGUCCGACGUAAUACGCGAACAGCUGCGUGUCUUCUGACCGGCCAGCAAACGGACGGGAACCGGCAGACCCAACAAAGAUGGCGCCGUCAUGUCACUUGCUGAAGCUUCAGCUCCUUCUGACGGUUGCGAGCGUUCUGUGUCAGCUGCCUGGAUGUUGCGGGGCUGGAGCGAGCAACGUUCCACACCACAUCUCUAAGAAAGACCUGCACAUCGACCUGUCCGUGCCGUCGCUAGGCGUGCUGCUGUCGCAGAGGCUCCAGCGCAAGGCCUCGUCGCAGCAGGAGCUGCCGCAGCGCUCGCAGCGGCGAAGUCAGUACGACGGCGCACCGUCUGACGAGAAGCGGGACGGAGGCGACUCGAGCGCCGACCGGGACGAGAGCACAACCGAGGAACGUACCACCGUCCGGAGGCACAGAGGACGUUUCGGCCAGGACAUGACCGCCAAAACUAGCGCGGUCACGCUCCCUGCCGAGCACGACCACGAGUCCAUCGCGCCGGAGCAAUCCAUCGUGCGUCGAUGGAAGAACCUCAUGGAGCCGCGCGAGCCACUUCCAGCUGAUCUCGUCCCGGACUCGACGCGAACCCCGCCAAAGCUGAAGCGGAGUGACGUCGACGACGCGAUGACGUCCGCUCGAACCGAGAACCGUCCAGAAGGGUCGAAGCGGUCCGCCACUAGCGAUUACGCCAUCGCGAACGCCACCGAAAGGGCGUGCAACUGCAGCGAACUGCUGAGCAACGAGACCUUCAGCAGGGUCUUCUACCUCGUGCCGCCUCCCGUCGAGACGAGCGGCCAGAAUGGGAGCCUGGUCAAAGAAAUCAUCCGGGCGUCGCUGUCUAAAUCCGUGCUCGUGGAGAGGCUCUACGACAAAGGCUGUCGCUGCUGCUGCAACCACACGUCACUAGCUCCAAUUACUGAAAGCCCGAGUGCGGAGACGAGGCCAACUACGGCAGAGACAACAAAAGCGACACCCACUAGUGAGCCGUGUGCAGAAUCCGCUAGUACCAGCACGCGCUCGCAGGAAGACCGUCCGCAGACCCUGUGCGCGACCAGAACCACUGCGAGCAGUUCGCGACGAACCAAGUGUCCCACCCGCGUCUUCGUCAAGUUUCCGGGCGAGGAACUUCCGGCUCGUGCCACGGACUGCCGGAAACUGUGGCUACCGGACAGCGUCUACAAGGGCGAGUCCUUCUGGGAGUGCGAGGACAGAGGGUCGGCCGACUGCGGCGGUGGACGCGUGGCGGCGACGGGCCCGCAAAACGCGGUCUACGCAAGGCCAUCGGCAUGGUACUCCACCAGGCGAAGAACGGCUCGGCCGACGGCGACUACAAACAGAGCUGAAACUGCAGCUAGUACUAAGACAGUGACGUCCACAGCGAAAAGGACCGUGUCCACGACGCCGUCGGAGUGCGGCAAUGCCGAGGACGAAGACGCGUCACCUGGCGCGCCCGAAAAGCAGGCGCACAAUCAGGCAGCGUACGCCACGGUCACAUCACCGAACGAAACCGCCGGCGGCUGGCAUCUGAACCUCAUCGUGCCGGUCUAUCCUUUCGGCGGCAACAAGACGGGGAACGCGACGCUGCCGUCUACGAGAGCGCCGAUGCACGAGAACUUGCGGCACCGACAUUACAUGACAAGCAGAACGACGGCGAAGAAGACAAGCGCGAGAAGGCUUACGCCAACCUCAAUCUCGCAGACGUCCGGGACGACGUCUAGUAUCCUCCCUUCUAGCGCUCCCACUGAUGCCAUACAAUCUAGCACUGUAACGUCGACGUUACCCUUGCUGGCGUCGAAGAACGAGACACUGCUCUCCGCGGAGUGGCCACAGAGGUGUCCGAAGAGCGGCGACUUUUCGGCGUUCAACAACUCGCUCGCCUUCAUGCUCAUGUGCGCGCCGGCGGCCUCGCACGAAGGAGACCGCGGCCAGGCGUCUGGCCCGACGGAUUACCGAAGGAGCACGCACUACCAUCUGCACGACGACGACGACUUCACGUGGACCCGCGCCGCCACGUCCAGGCCAGCGCAGGCCCAGUCGCUGCCCUACAGGACCUCCAGGAACGGAACUGCCUUUCUGUACCCGUUACGAGGCUCCGACGCCUCGGCGGCGCGAAACAGCAACGCCUUCCGUCCUCGCGGUCGAAACGUCACUGCCACCUCGUCCAUGAACGGAAGUCAGCCGAAUCGUGAUGUUCUGGUCGUCCUGGAAGGAACCGCUACUUCCAAGCGGCCGAAGCCCUAUUUUGGUGAUGAGACGCGGACAACCAAGCCGACCGCGGACAAGAGGUACGCCGACGUCAUUCUCGGGGUGAUGGCGGAACGGCCGGCAUCGUCGCGUCAGAGACAGCGCUGGGCAUACAGAGGCUACUACCGAGAGGUCGCCCGUCAGUUUCCACACACCGACGUCGAGCGGUACGACGCGGUGCGGGACCGGGCCGCCGGACAACGCGCAGCGACUCCCGCAGACAACGGCGAAAACAGGCAAAGAAGUCGAUUGCCAGACAAGAGAGCGGCGAUCAGUAGCGGACACUCUGUCACCGAAGAAAAAUACCGUCGUCCCUUGCCUCCCGCAAAGAUGGACUUGCUCAAGUCCAUCAUCAGCAUAAAGGCGCUCGUCGACGAGGCUCGGAGCUCCGGGUGCAAGGACGCCCUCCGAUGCAACGCGAACAACGCCAGGAACUCCGACACGUCCGAGAAAGUUGUCGUGCGCCGCGACCAGCCUUAUGAGGACGACGAGUACGAGUAUUACUACGUCGACGAUGAUGACACCAGCCAGCGUCCUCUAGACCGGCACCUACGCUCCGUCACUACGACGUCAUGAGCCGCCGUGAGGCCGGCGCAGAGUGGCAGUUAGCCAGUGAGGAUAGUGCGAAAGUUAGCUGCAAUCCAGCGAUAUUGUCCUGCAAUAAAACGAAUUAUGAUU